AUGGGAUUAUCUUCAACAUGGAAGGCAACAGCCUUGCUAAUUUGGCUGGCUGCUACAGAUAGUGUAUACGGUUUGCCAGGCUCUGGUGUUGGUACUGCUGCAGAGAUAGUUCUUCAACAAACAGCGACUCAGCCCGCCAGAACUUUUGAAACACAGUAUCCUCCAUCGAACGAGAGAAUCCUUAUCCCAGAAGCUUCACCAAUUUACCGUGUGGCGCUGGAGAAGCAAGGUCAUCCAUCGCAGUUUCCUUUUCCCGGAGUCGACAUUAACCGUUUCCUUGAGACUGUCAAUGGAUUGUUGACUCCAACCAAGCCAAACAAACCAACCAAACCGAUUAAGCCAAUCAAACCGACCCACAAGCACCAGAAAUCACAUCAAAUUACUACUACAACUGUGCCAAAAACUGUCGCGAAAGCACCCAAGGAAACACAGCCUGCAACAUCUGCCAACGUUCCGACUACUCUUUUGCCUGGUCCUGCCAGCAUGGACAACCAAGACAUUUUCUUGCCGGUCGCGACAGAAGCACCACCGGCUAACAUCAAAAGCCGCAAUGACCACCCUGUGCCUAACAAACAUGCCAACACUACUGAUCCAAUUGAGACGAACAAGUUUUACGCUGGCUUGUACUUGGGAUCGCAGACCAAUGCUAGCUUCACACAGCCUUACUCCCUUGGAUGGUCAAAGGGCGCUGGGACUCUGAAGAGCUGGGGCAUGUCGGCCUCCCACAUCGAAAUGAAUGUGAUGGCAUUUGGCCCCAAGAACGACAAGAUCCCUGGAUCCCCUGUCGAUUACUACAUCAACCCUGUUGGGCUUCAGCAUGUGAUCCUUUCGGCAACGGAGCUCGAUGCAGCCAGUGUCCUCAGCGUUGAAGAGCCUAAGGCAUUCUCCGCUCACGCAGUUCUAAGACGUUCCGCUGGCUCCGACCAAUCUAUUACCUUCCCGAUUGUUCAGGGCAUGGGCUAUAUUACUGGCGUUUACAAUAAUCUGCAACCGCUGAUCGAAAGUGGCAUUUUCUUCCGCAAAGUGGUGAAUGCGGGAUCCCCCAAAUCAGGUAUAUUCAAGUAUCAGGUUACUUUGGAAGACGACACCCAUUGGGUUCUUUAUGCUGCCCCGGAGGAUGGCCAGGACCCGAAACUCAAGUUGGCCUCGCAGUCUAGCAUUACUGGUCCAAAAGGAUUUGUGGGAAGCAUUCAGGUCGCCAAGAAUCCUGCAGGAAAGAACGGCGAAAAAUUCUACGAUAACUCGGCUGGUGUUUAUGCAGUAGAUGGUCACAUCGAUGGCACCGUCACAGGCGAUGUUGGCACAUACAGCCUUUCGUGGACCAAGGCUGGAAAACACGCACAUAAGAGUCCGCUCAUCACCUUCGCCUUACCACACCACGUUCAGUCCUUCGAUAAGAACACCCAGGGCCGUAUCACUGAUAUUCACUUGCGAACCACCACCAAGGGCAACGCAACUGCUGUUAUCGGCGAGACUUGGACCAUGACCGAAAGCAAUUUGCCCAUUGACAUUGGCUUUGCUCCUUGGUCAACCACGGAUGGAACUGCCAACAGCCUUUCCCCGGGCGCUCAGCAGGCUAUCCUCAAGGUCGCGCCUGCAGAAUUGCAGCAAGAUAUUGAGGCACAGAGUGAUCUGAACAGCAUGUACUACAGCGGUAAGGCUUUGAGUAAAUUUGCUACGUUGAUUUACACCGUGAGCCAGCUUGGCAACAACGCUGAAUUGGCCAAUGGAGCGUUCCAAAACCUGACAAAGAGCUUCGCCCGCUUCGUCAAUAAUGAGCAGCAAUUCCCCUUGGCCUAUGAUGCAGUCUGGAAGGGUGCCGUCUCCACUGCUGGUUAUGCUGGAGAUUUGAACUCUGAUUUUGGAAACACGGCGUACAACGACCAUCACUUCCACUAUGGCUACUUCAUCCAAGCCGCCGCAAUCAUCGGAGCUCUCGACCCUACCUGGCUCGCUGAGAACAAGGACUGGGUUAAUAUGCUGGUUCGUGAUGCGGGCAACUCCGUUCAGAAUGAUGCUUAUUUCCCAUUCUCGCGUGGCUUUGACUGGUACAAUGGCCACUCCUGGGCCAAGGGUCUGUUCGAGUCUUAUGAUGGCAAAGAUCAGGAAUCGACCUCGGAAGAUACUUUGUUUGCAUAUGCGGUGAAGAUGUGGGGACGUACGACUGGCGAUGCUAGCAUGGAGGCUCGUGGGAAUAUGAUGCUGGGCAUCAUGCGACGAAGCCUGGAUAGCUAUUUCUUGAUGCAGGAUAACAACACCAACCAACCUGCCAACUUCAUCGCCAACAGGGUGACUGGUAUUCUGUUUGAGAACAAGGUUGACCACACCACAUAUUUUGGUAACAACCUCGAGUUUGUGCAAGGAAUCCACAUGUUGCCUCUUCUCCCGCACUCCGGCUACAUUCGCCAACGUAGCUUUGUGACCCAGGAGUGGAAUGACAUGUUUGCCGCCACUGCUUCAACUCCAGCCUCAAAUGUGGAAGGAGGCUGGAAAGGUGUUUUGUACGCCAACCUGGCUCUCAUCGAUCCGCAUGCCGCCUGGGACUUCUUCGCACAGGACAACUUCGACUACAGCUGGAUUGAUGGUGGCGCAUCUCGAACCUGGUAUCUUGCUUACGCUGCAGGUUUGUCUCUACUUGAAUCCAGAACUUUGAUCACGCACUUGCUAACAAUGACAGGCCUUGGCGGAAGCCCGUAG